CUCCAGGCGACUUUGUUGUCGAAGGUCCGUCUGAUAAUGUCCGAGGAUGUGGUAAUUCCCCGCCUAGACGAUCGCCAAAAAGUCCAUCUUUCAAAGGCUUUGUCUUAUAUUUUACGUCAUGGAGCCACCAAAGAGAAGUUGGUCAUGACCGACGAUGGUUUUAUCCAGGUGCAAGAGAUUCAGGAUGAAGAUGGGUGCUGGUGGAUACGUGCCAAUCAAGGUCACAGCUUGAAAGCCAUCAAAGUGGAACUUGACUUGAUCAAGGAACCGUUGCCUAUAUGUGUACACGGCACCUAUACCACGAACUGGAACAGCAUUGCAACACAGGGUCUAAAGCGGAUGUCACGAAAUCAUAUUCAUUUCGCUGCUGGUAUGCCUGGUGAGCAUGGUGUGAUAUCAGGAAUGCGAAAAUCAUGCGAUGUCUUUAUUUAUGUGGAUAUGGUGAAAGCCAUGGAAGAUGGCAUUGUCUUUCAACUUUCUGCAAAUCAAGUCAUUUUGUCUGAAGGCAUCAAUGGCGUCUUGGAUCCCACCUAUUUCUUGAAAGUUGUGGAUAGAGAAGGCAAGCCUUUACUGAUCCAUCAGCCAAUUGUAACAUAGCACAACUGUAAUCUCUCUUUACAAAAAUACAAUAUUAGACACAAAAAAGUUGGUAGACAUAAUUCAAUUUUGUUUA